AUGCCCAAUGUAUUGUAUAAUAAUAAUUCAAAUUUGAUUCGAAGAUUCCAAAGAAGCUCAUUGUCUAGGCAGCAUCGAUUGAAAGUCUCUCAAAAGGCUUCUUUGAAGAAAAACGCACAUAAUAAUGAUCCAGAAGAGGAUAUUCCCUUUGAAUCGCAAUUUGGUAAGAAUUCAGAAGCAUAUUUGAGAGAGUUGGCGUGCUCAAUUUAUCCUAGUUCAUUGCACAAAAGUAUUUGUUCACUGUCUUCCUAUCCAGAUUUACAGAUUCACGUUUUUGUUGCAUUAUUGGUCAAAAAUUUCAUAAAUAGUUGGUAUGGUACCAAAAUCCCCGCUAAAGAUGAUCAAUUUCACAAUGAAAUAUUCUCCAUCAUACAAAGGUUAUUGGGCUCUGUCAGGAACAAUAAUAUAGAUUUCGAAUUGCUUCUGUUGGAUGACCUUCCCUACAUAAUAGCCAAUCAUUUAAUGACCCUACAAAUUUGUAAAACCAAGACAACAAACAAGCAAUUAAUCUACCAACAAUAUUGCAGGAUAAAUCUUUUGGAUGAAGCUAGAUACCCCUAUACCAUAUCAAAUGUUAUUCAAGAUUCGCUCAACAGUCAUUCUACUUUACAGAUAGCUUUCAUAGACUCUUUAUUGAAUCAAUUGCUUCUUGGAAGAGUUGCAGAUAGUGCAAUGGAGCCGUAUUAUGUUAUAAGGCUUUUAGCAAAGAUAUCCAAGAAAAUAAAUGACCAAAAAUCAAAGGUUAAUAAAAACAAAGUUCAAUCACGUUUUCCCAGCAAUUUCAACUCCGUCUACAAAUAUUUUAGAUUUCUUUUUGACAGACGAAAAGAAUAUAAUGAGAAAAUUGCUCGACAGUUCUCUGAAAGGUACAUAUUUUCGUUUCUACUGUGCGAUGUACUCCAUUUGCAUUUGAGAAAGCCUAUAUUAUACUUUUUAUUCAAAAUGAUACUUUCAAUACCCGUUGUCAAUUUCAUUUUGAAGGAUGUCUUUGGUAGAUAUCUUGUAGAGAAUACCAUAAGAAAUAAAAUCUUUAUAGGUGGUAGCAUGAACUUUUUGAGAACAACCCUCUUUCCUAAUGAUAAUUCAAUGGGCCCAAGGACAAUAAUACCGACAGGCCUCGAAUUUGAGUUGAUCAAAGUGGAUUGCAGUGACGAAAUGUGGAAGGCCUGUUUGACGCUCAAACUGAAUUAUCUACUGGGUCUCCGAAAAGACGAUAUCAUUUUUUUGGUUGAUCUCAUCUGCGUUGAUAAAAGUUGUAGCAAACUUUUAUGCUUCACACUUAUUGACUGUAUACUUGCACAUUUAACUGAAUAA